AUGUCUCAUUCGGGCAAGCUGUCAGUUCUGAAGUGUAAUGAGAGACGAACGAGAAAACGUGCUGCGAAGAACAUACGGCUGAGGCGUGAACUGAAUGUUUGGAAAGCAUUGUCCAGCCACCCAAAUGUGACGAAUCUCUACGCGAGCUUCGAGACUGAAAGAUAUCUAUGCUACGUGGUGCAAUAUGUACCCUUCCGAUCCCUCGAUGAUCUGAUUCGUCAUGGAGUCACCUUCGAGCGUCGAGCUUUGAAGAAAGUAUUCGCUGAGCUGGCGUCGGUUCUUCACACGAUGCAUGCCGUUGGAAUCAUGCACAGAGAGAUAACCUGUUCGAACGUACUCCUGUCUAGAGGACACAGCUGCUUGCUAGGUGAUUUCAGUUCGAGUGCUGUCGCGACUCUUCGCAGGCGGCGAACCGGUUCCCUGGCCUUUAUGGCUCCGGAGAUGCUUGCCCGAAGGAGCUAUAACAAAGCCGCUGAUUGGUGGUCGUACGGAAUAGUUUUAUACGCGAUAAAUCACAAAUUCACGCCCCUGGCUAUGCAUCUGAGAAACAAUGGAGUCGACCUGGAGGAUCUCAGCGAAGGAGACAGGCAUCGAUUGGCAGCCAAUGUCAAAGUUCGUGUCGACGCUGGCUUGGCCAUGGCAACGAAGAGCUUCAUCACGGAGUUACUACAAGAGGAGCCCGAGAGCAGAUUGGGUGCCCGUCACGGCGAUUUCGAUCUUCUGCGCAAUCAUCCAUUCUUCAUUGGCUACGAUUGGCAUCAUCUGAUCGCGGCUGAAUCAGAAAUUAUCGCAUCCCCUACAACUUCUUCACUACUUGGAGACUGUUCGGACUCAUCCGCGCUGUCUGGGCGCGAUCAUUCCAACGGUCAGACAGCCACGCAAGAUUAA